AUGCUAUCCGACGUGUCUGGCGGCCAGGGCAACUUCUGGUAUAGCUUCGACAACGGUAUAGUCCACUGGAUUAUGCUGGAUACGGAGACUAACCUGGGCGAUGGCUUUAUCGGGCUGGACCAGACAGGCGGCGUCGAGAAGGAUAUUGUAGGCCCCUUUGGACCCUACGCUAACGCGCAGCUCGACUGGCUGAAAAAGGACCUCGCCUCGGUUGACCGCACUAUAACACCGUGGAUCAUCCGCUCUACCCCGCUUAACAACGGCGUUAUCGACCCUAGAGAGCUCGAUAACCCGACCUCUCCUUGGUAUAUCACUAACGGCGCCGCCGGUCACUACGAUGGCCUUAGCGAGGGCACCAACCCACUAGCACCCUACGAGCGCUUCCGACUCGACGAGAGGAAUGCCACCUACGGCUAG